AUGCAUCCUGUGGGCUGCCCCUCCAAGCCCAUUGGCCCACCUCUCCACGACAGUCAAAAGCAUCACAGUCAUAACGUGGACAUCGAAUGGGUCAGUUCUCUGGGCUCGGAGGAGGAGGAUGGUGUUGAGGUGGAUCUGUGGAGCCUGGAGCCCCAGGACUACCAGGGCAGUCUGGACAAGACCAGUCUGACCCCCAGCGACGGUGAGGGGGACGUGGAAGGGACCGAGCCAGGAGGUACCCCCAGCCCCAGGGGCCAGUCAACCCGGCCCCAAAGCCCCAGCCCCAAGGAGGACCACUGGGUAGAAGAGGAAGAGGAGGGACCUGAGAGUGGGAUAACUAUGGACAGGGAGCAGGAAUCUCUCAUGACCUACAGUCAGAGGUCAGACAGCAGGGCCUUGGAGGACUUGGCCCACUAUGACUUCCUGCUGCAGCUGAGAAAGGCAUCCUCCCACCAACCUGCCUCACACCACAACCACCUGCCCCCCAACGGCAGAAGCCCUGCCUCAGCCAUGUACCACCCUGGCAGCCUGCACCUCCAUGAUGACCUCCCUCCCCUCUGGUCUCCUGGGGCUCAGCGCUCACCUGAGAGACCAGAUGGUGUCCCUUUGAGUCCUGAUGCUCUGAGGAACCUAGAGGCUUGUCCGUUCUGCCAGCGUACCUUCCACCGAGGAGGGUCCCUACGCCAGCACAUCAGGUUUCGCCACGAGUGGGAAGGCGGGCACUAUAGGGCUCAGAUGGAACGACACAUGCACAGUCAGGGACAGGGCAAGCACCCUGGGUCUGACCAUGGCAUAGAGAGCAGAAAGUUCAAGUGUCUUCAGUGUGGGAAAUCCUUCAAGUACAAACAUCACCUCAAAGAGCACCUCCGCAUCCACAGUGGUGAGAAACCGUAUGAAUGUUCCAACUGCAAGAAGUGCUUCUCUCACUCCGGAUCCUACAGCUCACACCUCAGUAGUAAGAAGUGCUUGACAGGGGGAGGAGGAGGAGGUGGAGGGGAGAGCUAUAACAGCAGACAUAGCCACGGGACCUACCAGUCCUCCACUGCAUCACCCUCAGCAGGCAGCGGUAGGAACAGCAGUGGAAAGGGCUCUCCCUACCCUCUUCACACCCAGCAGCGUCAGCCACCAGGGGACUUAGAGAGGGGGCUGUACCCACCUGGGGACCAGGCCAGGGGGGUCCUCCGGGGCCAGGAGCCGGGCAGGGAGCUGGGCAGGCUGUGGGAUCCCACGGCGGCGCUCUCCCUCCGGAACAGCGUGUUCAAGGGCCCCACCCUGCUACCGUACCUACAUGCCAGCUCCGGGGGCAAGUUUGAGCAGAUGCUGCAGGAGAUGCUUCGCAGGGAGGAGGGAGGUGUAGGCUCGGCCAGGGAGGAGGGGAGACUGGUGAUUCACAACGGUGGGCGAGACAGGAAGGCAUCAUCGCCAGAUUAUCCAAAACCGCUGAAACGCAACCGGGCCGGCUCGGGUGAGGGGUAUGGGGGUGGAGGUGGGGUGACAUGUCACUGGUGCUCCCAGCUCUUCCCCAGCCCCACCGUAUUACUCCAGCAUGAGCGCUACCUCUGUAAGAUGAACCGGCAGGCAAUGGAGGUGCCUGAAGGUCCUCGCAGCAAAGACCACCUCUCUCCCCUCUACUUCUCUUCCAGACCCCCUCUCCAGCCACCCCCACCAGACAACAACCACAAACCCCCAGCGAUGGCUAAUGGUUUCUCCAAAGACAAGUCUCCUCUCCAGAGACCCAGCUGGCACUCUGUCCCUCUGGAGAUGCUGGUCACCAUGCACUCCCCCCAACAGCCCCUCCCAGAUUCACUAUCCAUGAGAUCCUAUUGGUCUAGCCAGGAGAGUGGCGGGAGUGGCGGCAGCCCCAGCCAACCAGCACCAACUAACCCUGCUACAGACAUGUCCUCACCGCUACCACUAGGGCAAAGACAAUUCCCCUCUUCAGGGUUCGACUCGCCCCUCUGCCUGGACCUUUCCUCCACCACUCUCACCCCCCCUUGGAGUCGAACCGCCCCCAAAGGAAGGACCCCUGGGUCGGGGAGCGCCCAGAACGACCAACCCCUGGAUCUCUCCCUCCCCAAGCCCCAGGAGGGGAAAGCCCUGGAGGACAGCAUGCCCAGUAACGGACACCCUCGUCCGGGAGAAAAGAGAGAGAAGACCUACAGAGAGCCAGCAGAGAACCAGCAGCACCACCGGAGGCUGAGUCUCAGUCCACCUUGUCAACAGCAUCAAGCAGUCUACAGUGGCACUCCGAUGUUUGAGGGCUCCAUCUACAGUGCAUACCCUCUGUUUAACCCCAUGAUGCCUGCUGGGCUAGCUGGCUUAGGGCAUGACGAGGUCCCCUCCCUGCCCCUCAGUCAACCAGCCAGCAGUCAGCGAUUCCUCUCCCCUAUGGCCUACAUGAUGGAGUCAGACACAGACGCUGUGCUGAAGAGGAUCCAUCAGGAGAGACAAGCAUUCAUGGGUGAGCUGAUGGGUUGUGGGGGUCUGGAUUACCUCUCUCUGAUGGAGGAGGGAGGAGAGGGAGAGGGGGGACUACGGAGGAAGAGACUGAAGAAGACAAACGAAGGCCUGUACGCCUGCAACAUCUGCAACAAGACCUUCCAGAAGAGCAGCUCUCUGCUCCGACACAAGUACGAGCACACAGGUAAACGUCCCCACGAGUGCCAGAUCUGCAAGAAGGCCUUCAAGCACAAGCACCAUCUGAUGGAGCACAGUCGGCUGCACUCUGGAGAGAAGCCCUACCAGUGUGACAAGUGUGGCAAGCGGUUUUCCCACUCUGGCUCCUACUCCCAACACAUGAACCAUCGAUACGCCUACUGUAGCAGGGACCAGGAACAGGAGGGGGUCGAGGAGCCUCCUCUAACCCCAGGAGGGUCCACCGAUCUGGGCCAUGUUGCCAGGGGCACCCCCCUCUCCAUGGAGGACACCCCAAUGUUUCUCAGUGAUGCCAGUCUGGACGGGGGGAUAGGAGGGAGAGCAGAUGAAGAGGAGGAGGAAGAGGAGGACGAGACAGACGAGACUAAAGGAGGCCGUAUGAAGGAGGCGUGUAGUUUGUCAGGAUCAGGGUCUGGUGAAGGGUUGGGGUUGGAGCUGUGCUCUAGCCUUGUGGGGAAUGAGAGAGACCGAGAGCAGGUCGACAGAGACAAUGGAGAGGGAGAAAGUUCUGGUCUAGAGACUUACAGACUAGAGAACAACCAUCACUGGGACAGAGACGUGUUGGAACAAAAUGGAGACCAGAACACAUACAUAUACGAGCUGAGCCCAGAAGCUCCACUGUCACAAUGACAACAGCGGACAAGUACGCCAAAACAAUGCAUCUAGCUACAUGUGCAAACAUUUAACAUUUUAGUCAUUUAGGAGACGCUCUUAUCCAGAGCGA